AUGCCUGCCUUGUUCUCUAAGCGCACAGCCAAGGGCAAAGGCAGCGCCGGACUGUCCAAGGGCGGCUUCGGCUCGACUUCGACGGGCGAUCUCAAGCGCAUCGACCUCCUCACCCCUUCGCCCAGCUUGGCGGACGCACACCCGCUCCCCGCCGUGCCAACAAAGGACGACCUGCCGCCGCUCCCGCUCUCGGCCAACGAUGCCUACCUCAAUGUCAGCCAAGGAUCCAGCGGACCCCAGUCCGCCGGCAGCCAGCACUCUGAGUUUGGCCGGCUCGACAACCCGACGCUCCGCGCAAAGGCCUCGUCGCCCAGCCUGCCGACAGCCAGGAAGGGCGGCGCCGGGACCCCCAACCACCUCACCAUUCACGGAUCGGCCUUUGGCAGCCUGCGCCGUUCCAAAUCCAAGACCGCAGAGUCGCUCCGGCCGCUCUCGCCGCCCAUGACUUCGUCGGCCGCUUUUUCAAUCCGCAGCUUCAGCGAAAGCGCGAAAAAGACGCUCGAGACGCCGUCGUAUGGCUACACGCCUCAGUCGACCGACGUGCAGCUAGAUCCGUCCAGGGUGCUGCCAAUCCUCGAAGCAUGUGGCGACCAGAUCCGCAAGAGAGGUCUCGACUCGCCUCUGAUCUUUUCGUCGAUGGCCCUCGACCUGAAUCCGGACAGCGCCACCUCGCUGAUCAAGGCCUUUCAGAACGGAUCGGCGCCGGCCAGCCGGCAGACGCUGCCCGCGGCAUUUUUGGAAGAGGUGCAGUACGCCAACCCGCACGACCUGGCCGCCGUCAUCAAGUGGGCGUUUGCGCGGAUGGGCCGGGUGCUCGCCGUCCCGAUCCCUUCGACGGUGCCCGCCAAGAAGGGCGAGGUGCGCGAGGAGAUGGUCUACAUCCAGCAGCGCGGCUUCCUCGACAUGGACCUCUACAUGGCGUGGCGCGAGAGCGAGCGGCGGUCCCGGCAUCCUCCCGACGCCUUCAACUCGUUUUUGCAGCAGCUCCAGACCCCGACGGCGCAGCUGCUCUCUUCGCUCUUCUCGCUCCUCUCGUCCACCGCAUCCUACUCGCUCAAGAACGGCAUGGUCCCCGCCAAGCUCGCCAAGCACUUUGGCCCGCUGCUCUUCGGCCUGCCGGAGGACGAGACGUUUGCCCGCACCUACGACGCCUUUGUGCGCGCCAGCAACGCCGCCGAGCACCUCCUGCUCGCCUACAUCCGCAGCCAGGCCGCCGUGUCUGCGCAGCCGCCCAAGCUGAUGGACCACGUCGCCGGCUACCCCACGAUGCUGGCCACCGACAUUGCCAUGCCGGGCAAGCAUGCCAAGAUGGUGCCCGUCGUCCAGAUCGAGCGCCAGGUGCGCCUCUACAGCCCAGACCUCGUCCACACGGCGUGCGAGAUUGAUCUGGACGUCGAGUGCCCCGAGUGGGACGCGUGUCGCCACGACAGCGACCGCCACGGCAAGGACCCGCAGCUGUCGGACCGCUUCCGGAAGCUCAUCAACCUCCGCGGCGGCGGCGCGCAGGGGAGAGGCAAGGUGCCGAGCGGCGUCGUCGCCUUCGGCCAGACGGCGGCCGAGGACGCCGAGGUCAAGGUCUAUGGCUCGCUCGUGUCCAAGCAGUGGGGCGACUUUCUCGCCGACGGCUUCACCGCCCCGGACGAGACCAAACUCGCAUUUGACCUCAACGAGAGCGCGCGCAAGGGCCGCCAUCAGAAGCGCGACACGGUGCAGUGGACCGAGUUUCAGUCGCUUGGCUUCGACUCGGCCGACGACGGCCUCGACACUGUGCUCAGCUUUGACGACGGGCUCAAGCAGGAAGUCGAGAACUGGCCCGACGAGCGCGAGCGUAUCCUGAGCAGGCUUCGCGAACGCCAAAAGGCGCUGCCGCCGUUCCACUACGACACCACGCCUCGCCUGAUCGCGAGCCCGUCGCGCGCCGGCGACGCCGCCGGCACCUGCGAUGGUCACCCCAUCUCGCGGAUGGACGAGGCGUUCGGAGACGUAUGGGCCGACUACCUGGUCGGCGCUGGGUGGAGCAACCGCGACGAGCUCACCCACCGCACCUCGAACUUUGCCGUGCUGCAGUACAAGAGCCGGCCGGGCCCCUCGACGGUCGGCUCGCAAAGCGCAGGCUCGAGCCUGUCGGCGCCCACGCGCUUCGUGGUGCCGCGCCGGGACGAGUUGGGCCAGGACAUUCCCGAGGACCCGCGCACCGAUGCCGCCUGGUUCGUCAUCCAGGAGGUGGUGCCCCAGCUUUACCGCGCCGAGCUCGAGGUGGCCGGACGCGGCAAGAGCAGGGGCAACGCCAUGGUGCGCAAGUUCACCAUGUUCCGCUCCAAGAAGGAUCGGUACCAGGACGACUAUUUGACCGGCGCCGAGUCGGAUCCCUUCCGACCUGGGUACGGCGGCGAGACCAAGCACAUCCGGCUGAGCGACAUCGGCUCGCGCACUGAACUCAUCGACGGGGCUAGCGGCCCGAAUCGCUACGACGCGUACGCCGACCCGAGGCCCUCGCGCCUGGCGCAGAGCCAGAGCCACAGCCGGUUGCAUGUCUCGGACGAUGCGACGUUGGCCCAGCAGGGCCGACCCAGCGCCGACAGCAACCACGCGCAAUUCCGCAGCGAGGGCAGCAACGGCACCGGACAAAGGCUGAUGUCGACGCUACGGGCCAAGAGCAUGCGCGUGGUCAAGGGCGCCAAAAAGUCGUCGUCUCAUCUAGACGGUGCCCCGCCACAGCAGCAUGGCAUCUCGAGCGCGUUCCACCAGACGGGCGGCCGCGCGCAGAACGGUGGCCACGAUGCCGACGCUUCCUUCACCUCGGAGGACUUCGAGGUCCGCAGCGUUCACGACUCAGACGACCCAGACGCGGCCGAGCUCGAAGGACGGGGCGGUGCACAGCGGAAGCGCAAGAACCUUGGCGGCCUCUUGGGCGCCCAGGAGAAGCAGGAUACCAAGGACGACGCCUGGCUCGACGUGCUUUUCAAGGCCAACGAGAACCGGAUGACGGGUCAGGACGUCGCAUGGAGGGCGCCGAGGAAGAGCAACGGCCUGCGCGUCGCCGGCGCGGCGAAUGUCGCCACGACGGCCAAUGGCCUGACCGAGACGGCCGUGCCCGAUGCAACGUCGGCGAGCAUGACCAAGACUCUGGCUCUCGACACCGACGCAGUGUCUCGCGACGAGCCCCAAAGCUUUGACACGCCGCGAGCGUCGACGCCGCCUCAGUUUCCUCCGCUCCAGAGCAGUGGGUCCCGGCCGGACGCCGCCACCGCAGAGCACGAGCCCGAGCUGGACCGCAUCGACAGCCCAUCGAGUAGCCGGGCCGAGCUCGACAGCCGCUACCUCGACCGAUCGUCGAGCACGAUUGAUGCAAACGCCAAGACCGAGACGGCCGACACGUCGCUCGUCCUUCCGGCUCCGCCCAUCGAGGUCAGCAGCGGGCGCAGUUCGCCCCUGCAGCCCUCGCCGUCCAUCGCCGAACACUCUCCGCUGCGGUCCACGCUGCGCCCUGUGGCCAGCAAGGAGGCGCAGCCCAAGGCGACAAUCGACACGAGGGCGCUGGUCGAGUCGCUCCGCGCUGGUCUGAGCCCCGUCGAGGCGGUCCGCAAGAGCAAGGCGAUGGCGCCUGCCUCUCCGGCCUCUGAGACUUCGGCCUCGCGGAUCGACCCUUUCUCAAAGGAUCGGACCGCGGGGCGCGUCGCCACCGUUGCCAGCCGUUUCGGAGGCAAGGGUGCGCCAAAGAGCCCGCUCGAGCCCCUGUCUCCGACGCGCGUCGGGCCUAUCGCGCCGCCGCCCAAGAGCCCCAAGCGCGCCCUCGCCGCUGCGGCUCUGAUCGCUGAGCCCGACGUGUCAUCGUCGUCGACAGCGACAACGACGACGACGACGACGACGACCACACCCGUCGAUGCGCCCAUGACUGCCGAGGCCAGCGUCGAUUCGCCCGACGUCACACUGAGCCCCAUUCGCCGCCGCCACGUGAGCUCGGGCGCCGAGCCGCUGUCGCCCACCAAGACGAUUGACUCGUACGUCGACCAGGACUCGAUCUACCCGGAAGAUGCGGCGUCCAACUACCACUUUUCCGGCGAGCCCGCCGACGCGGUCGGCGGCGACGAAGAAGAGGAGGAGGUGACGAGCGACCCGCCGCGAGAGUGGCGCCUCGUCCCGCGCUCUGGCGACAACGGUCAGGGCUUUGCCGAAGACUAUGGCCGCGCCGAGGAGGAGGACGAGGUGUACGCCAUGCCGACGGGCUACCGCGAGCCGUAUCAGCCGGGCAUGCCGCUCGACAACGUCAUGGAAGAGUCGGAGAGCGUGCUGAGCGGCAGCAACAACCUCUGA